GCUCAGUCUAAAAACUUGGGCUCGAGCUUAUAGUAGUCACUAUCAACCUAGGAAAGGAGUAUCAGUAAUGGCCUCUGACUAUACCUUACCCAUUGACGAGUUUAACGUCACCACCUUUAAUUACAAAAAGAUUCAAGAGCAGUCCAUUCUUCUAGAUUUACUUAUUCCUAAGAGUCUGCUAUCUGGUAAACGUCUAGUUCUUAUUCGAUUCCACGGCGGUUUUCUUAUAUACGGCAGUCAUAAUAACCUAUAACUUACGCCACCUAGGAUUCUUAAAUAUGCUCUUUAGAGCAACUUAAUCCUGGUCUCGUGUGAUUACCGACUACUUCCAGAGAGUAAUAGAAGAGAGAUUCUAGAAGACAUCGAUAAUAUAUAGUCCUGGGCUCAGAAUAGCUUAAAUGAGGCUAUUAGAACUAUGACGAAUGGGAAGAGUCAUACAGAUAUGCGGAGGGUUCUUCUCGCUGGCGAGAGUGCAGGUGGUUACCUUGCGUUGCAAUUGGCUUUACGUCAUCCAAGUGAUUUCCGAGCUAUUAUUGCAAGCUACCUAAUGAUCGACAUGCAAAGCGACUAUUUCUGUAAAGCCUAUAUGAAAUAAAUGGGAGAGUAUCUACAAAUCGAUUAUGAGGUCGUAUUUCAGCAUCUUAAGCAGCUUCUAGCCAGGAGUCAGCCGAUAACAAGGGCGGUCUUAAAUCUACUAAUCGCGAUAGUACAGCACGGUACAUACACCAGCUUCUUAGGUGACCACCAAAGCCUGUCUCCGCUUGAACAAUUG